CACACUUUACUUCUGGCACUCAAAUCAAAAUUAAUACAUUUUCUAGCUAGCAAACUAACAAAAUUGGUGGCCCCUUCAGAAUUGUACUUUUGGCACUCUACGAACAAAUUACGCUGUCCGCUUGCAUAACAUUCCAAUUGAUAUACGAUCAUGCAUAUACUUAUUAUAACACCGGAAGGUAAGCGCGUAACGAAGGAAAUUGCGGACGAGCCCGAAGCGCAGAGCCAGCCAACAAAUGCGACUAUGCCAAGCAAUGACGUGCAGCUAUUGCAGAGCAUAUUGCCCACAGCUGCAAAAGAAGCGCAGCCCAGCUUAAGCCAAGCCAAGUUGAAAACCAAAAAUUCUGUGAGCUUUCAUAGCAGCUCCUAGUUGGCCAAGCUGUAAAGUUAGCUAUUUGAAAACAAAUAAUUAAAGCAAGAGCUCAACGAUGUUGUCGUGCAUCAAUAAUAAUUUGCAGCUAAGCUGCAUAUUUGUGGGCCUAUUGGAGUUGACGCUGAGCAUAGCGCGUUUCUAUGUUGAUCAGUUCAGUUGUUGCUGCAUAUAUAAUGCAUGCGCUCCUUACUUUAAUCAUCUGCAAGAUGCAACAUUUGGCGUACAAUUUCUAAGCGCCUUUAUGCUUAUUGUUGGCGCUGGCAAGCGCAUACGCGGCUGUCUUUAUUGCUUCAUAGCACUAUCUAUAGCUUCAAUUGGAUUAUAUGCGCCCAUAUUUGUGCAACAUGUUAAUGAAACGAGUUAUUUAUCCGAAGCAAUACUUUGGUCACUGCUUACAAUACCGUUUAUUGUUGUGUUUUGGUUCAUAGCCUACAGUUAUGGCAAGCAGCUCAAAAGCGAAGAAGAAAUGUUUAAAUAAAUUUUGGUGCGCUACAAACUA